AGCUAGUACCGCCAUGGCAAGAGAUGAAGAAAACCCUCUUCAUAUAGUGAUGUUCCCAUGGCUGGCUUUUGGACACAUGAUUCCAAACCUUGAGCUAGCCAAACUCAUUGCUCAAAAGGGUCAUCAAAUCAGCUUCGUAUCCACCCCAAGAAACAUAGAUCGCCUUCCCAAACUGCCACCAAACUUUUCUACUCUCAUCAAUUACGUGAACCUUCCAUUACCCAAAGCGGAUAACCUCCCAGAAAACGCAGAGGCCACCACCGAUGUCCCCUACGACGCCGUAAAAUACCUUAAAAAAGCCUAUGACUCCCUCCAAGAACCCUUGACCCAUUUUCUCGCAUCUUCCAAUGCUGAUUGGAUCUUCUACGACUUUGUUCCCUUCUGGGUGGGUUGUGUGGCUUCCAAACUCGGUAUUAAGAGCGCCUUUUACAGCAUUUGUACUGCUCCGUUUAUUGGCUUCUUGGGACCCGCUUCGGCUCUCAUGGGUAAUGACCCGAUCCGGACAAAACCCGAAAACUUCACCGUUCCUCCACCGUGGGUCCCUUUUCCAACCACCGUUGCAUUCCGUUACUUUGAAAUCAUGAGGAUCUCAGACAGUCUCUCCGACAACGACUCGAGCGUUUCGGACGCGUACAGGAUCGGUGCGAGUAUCCAAAACUGCGAUCUCGUAGCAGUUCGAGGCUGCACCGACUUCGAACCGGAGUGGUUUCAAGUGCUGGAGAAUAUCUACCGGAAACCGGUUCUCCCGGUUGGACAACUCCCCACUACAAGUUUUGACACAGGCGAGGAAGAUGACACGUGGCAGUGGAUGAAGGAUUGGUUAGACAAGCAAGCACGUGGCUCGGUGGUGUACGUGGCGUUUGGAAGCGAGGCAAAACCGAGUCAAGAGGAAGUCACAGAGAUAGCUCUAGGGUUGGAGAAAUCGAAGCUUCCGUUUUUGUGGGUGCUGAGGGUUCAGCGUGGGCCCUCCGACACGGUGGUGCUGCGGUUGCCGAAAGGGUUCGAGGAGCGAACCAUAAGGCGCGGUGUAGUGUACACCACUUGGGCACCGCAGCUGAAGAUAUUGAGCCAUGAGGGUGUUGGUGGGUUCUUGACUCACUCUGGUUGGACCUCUGUUGUUGAGGCCGUUAAGAACGAUAAGCCGUUGAUUCUGUUGACGUUUUUGUCGGACCAAGGAAUAAAUGCUAGGGUGUUGGAGGAGAAGAAGAUGGGGUACUCAGUGCCAAGGGACGAACGAGAUGGAUCUUUCACGAGUGACUCGGUCGCUGACUCAGUGAGGUUGGUUAUGGUUGAAGAAGAAGGAAGGAUUUACAGGGAAAAGAUCAAAGAGAUGAAGGACUUGUUUGUCAAUCCAGAAAGACAAGAUAGGUACAUCGAGAACCUGCUACGCUGCCUUAGAAGCCUAUUGAAAUAAUUAAUUCUGACGCUGUGUUUGUAAUAUUACAUUUUUCUCCUUUACUGAUCUGUGUUGUUAAUCAUAAAUCUUUUCACGAGGCAUUUUAAUAACUGUUAGGUAUGGACAUCAAUUGUAGGUUCUGAUUUA